AAACAGCAUUUCCCCAAAGAGCUCUAGGGAUUACCCUGGGACAUAAAUCAUUUCCAUAACUAGGAGCAAGCAGAGCACCGGCUCGCUGGGGCUGGGGCAGGGGAUGCAGAAGCUGUCCCCUUGCAGAGCAUCCUUCGAGGGCAGCGACGCUGCUCCCCCCUCCUCUCACUAAAACCCCCACCCUGGGAGCAUUUUGAUCCCCAAAAGGAUGAAUUCACUUAGGCAGCUUUCUCUUCAUCGUAAAAGCUCGGGGGUGAUUUGCCAGCAAGGGAGCAUCGGGGGGGGGCAAAGGAGGAGGCUGAGGUUUUUGGCUGUGACCCCACGGAUCCGUGGGGAAGGGUGUCCUGAGCAAGAGGGAGAAGCAAGGCGCCAGAAAACCCACGGGAGCCAAGAAACGACCGAAGGGCGUAAACUCCUGCCAGGGAUCUCCAAUCAGGCCCGGGAGGCUUGGCUGCCUGCCGUAUAAAUGCAAAGCCGGGAGGGUGGGAAGCCAGCGUGCCUCUGGGCAGGGAGAGGAAGAGGAGGAUGAGUGCCGGGGUGCUCCCUGCAAGGAGGCAGAGAGCACCCAGCAGCACCCCAGCAGGGAUGAGCUGGACCCCGACGGUAGCCCAGCAGACCAUGCCCAUCUCCUCCAGGCCCCGGACAUCCUUCCUCAUCCAAGACAUCCUCUGGGAUGGGGCAGAGCGGGGAGCGUGGCCGGAGCGGGGCGAGAGCGGAGAGUUUGGCAGCCCGGAGGACGGGGAGCCGGGGCCGGCCGCGGCGAAGGGCAACGAGGGCAGCUCGGCCCUAGGGCACCCCCCCGGGGGUCCUCGUCCCCCAGGAGCAUCCCCAGCCCAAACCCGAGGGACACCCCACGAGGCGGACGCAGAUGCCACGGCAGAGACCUACCUGUCAGACUGUGACCCCCCCCUGCGACCCCUGCCCAUCGCCCAGCACCCCCCCAAGCAGGCGAAGCGCUCGCGGGCGGCAUUCUCCCACACCCAAGUCAUCGAACUGGAGCGGAAAUUCAGCCACCAAAAAUACCUGUCGGCCCCCGAGCGAGCCCACCUGGCCAAAAACCUGCAGCUCACCGAGACGCAGGUGAAAAUCUGGUUCCAGAACAGGAGGUAUAAAACCAAGAGGAAACAGGUCGCCUCCGAAAUCAGCAGACUGGACACGCGUCUGGCCGGGCAGAAAGCGGCCGAGAUCCCCGGAGCAUCGCUGCUCACGCUGCGGGGCGGCUGGCAGUACCUGCCUUGCCUCUAUUACUUGAACGGCUGGAGUCCCUCGUGGUGGUAACCACUUUUUUAAGCGGAAAGCAUCCUUUUCUCUUAAAUUUUUUUUUUUUUUAAUACUGCAUGGCUCUUUCUAGUGCUAAUUAGGAGAAGGAGACCCCAUUUGUAGUAACGAUCAGCAUCUUCUAGUUGCCGCACAAGCUCUCUUGUCGCUAACAGUAAAAAAAACAAACAAAAAAAAGCCAAAAAAAGCCCAAGAUAUUAAAAGCGUGUAAUUCAGCAUGCUUGAUAGCACCGCUCUGGGGUCAAUCUGCAGCCGUAAAAUAUUGCAGGCUCUUUCGGGGGCAGAAAGGGAUGGUCCAGCCCCAGAGACAGCGAUCGCCCCUCUCUGCCCCUCCUAAAUCACUUGUGCCCCCCUGAAGCCUUUGCUCCUUGCUGAGAUCAAGCAGGCAAAAAGUAAAACUGCUGAUCCUGGGCUGGCACUGACAUGGC